AUGGAGGCGAAGCGCUGUCGAGCUGUCGAACACAUCUCCAACUUAGCCGGCGGAGACUUGUUGCUUGUUAGCCGGCUCGCUCUAGCCCAAGUUACCACCUACACGGCUUCCUGGAUCCCUCCUAGCCGUCCAGAGAGCUGCAGUAGCGGAGGCGCAGGCAACGGCAACAGCAGCGGGGACAGAGGAGCGGCCGGCAGCGGCGGCAGCACAGAGCGGCGGUCGGCCGAGCGGGAGGCGGGCGAGCAGCCGUCCUCCGGGGGCGGGGGCUACCAGGGGGGCCAGCCCCGGGACCCGCCGCCCCCUCCGCCCCAGGACAAGCCCUGGAACUACUCCAGCAUCGACCUCAUCAACUCCGGGGCCCAGGCCUUCUGGCAGAACUACUCAGGUACCCGUUCCUUCCAGUCCCUCAUCGCCUGGCACCGGUAG